AUGCGUUUCACUUUCACAAAGCUUGCUGCCAUCGUCCUCGUGGCUGGCUCCGCGGUCACCAUGUCCGCUAACGGAAACCCUCUUCCUCAACAGGACGUGAGUGUUGCCGCCUGCGCCAAGAGUGUUGAUGCGCUGUCAAAGAAUUGAAGCUGAUGCCAAAGUGCUUUCUGAACGUCAGUACGGAGGUGUUACCCACACUCCCGACCUUGAGGGACUCAACAAGCUCCUCGAAGUCCUCCAAGGAUCUGUCGAGAAGCUUACUCAGGCCUUGAGCGGACGUCAACGCCGCGCAGACCUGCCAGGCGGUGACUCUGACCAGAGCGGCGGCCCUCAAGACCCUCCCGAGCUCAACCUGCAGGACACUAUCCUCAGCGUGAGUCAUUUGGGGAAGUCCAUAGCGAAGAAGAAUCACCACUAAUACACGUUGCUAUGCCCGCCUGCAGAUCGUCCCUGAGCUGCUACCCCUCCUCAAGUCUCUUGGCCUCAACGUCGGAAACCACUAG